AUGGCCACCUGCUCCCAUUUCUCCAUCACCAUUAUGGACACCCCUCUGGGACUGUGUGCUGGGGCCACCGAGGCGCCUGUGCCGGCCGCACCGCUCCUCCCGCCCGCAGGGGGCGCUGUGCAGCGGAGCGGCUGGCGCUGGGCUCCGAGUGAGCCGGGCUCCUUCCUGGGGUCGCCGGGAGCCAGUGCUCGCUGUGUCGCAGGGGCCACGGCCCGGCUGGGCGAGUCCGUGGGGGCCAUGGACCCACCGGCUCGGUUGCCCCUGACUUUUGAGGAUGUGGCCAUUUAUUUCUCUGAGAAAGAAUGGCAGAAUUUAGAGACAUGGCAGAAGGAGCUUUACAAGCAUGUCAUGAGAACCAAUUAUGAAACUCUUGUCUCUGUAGAUGGUGGACUUCCCAAACCAGAACUAAUAUCCUGGAUUGAAUGUGGGAGAGAACCCUUCAGCAGUUGGGAAGGGGAACAGAAACUAGUUUCAGGAUGCCAAGAAACUGUGGAGUCAGGAGAAAUUAAAUGUCAUUUCCAGUUAGAUCCUCUUCAGAGCCAGAAUUCCUUUAGACUGGUUUUGGGAGAAAGGGAAACUGCUACCUUCAGGCAUGACCAAGCCCUCAGUCUUGUGACUAUACAGACACACAGCAUUGGGGCUUUAGCUGCAGUGGUUCACAGUUUCAGUGAGUCUGCCCAAAGAGAAGGAAUCUCAGGUCACAGCAGUCUCCAUAGCCCUGGCCUGCAGGAUGUCCCAUCUUUGCAGAGUACCCAACACUCUUGCCUUGUCUAUGGGGAAAACUCUUGGAAGAAGAACCACUUGAUGAAACAUCAAAAGGCGGGUGCCAAGAACUCAUCACCAUCACCAGAGGUCAGGAAGGUCAAACGGUCACAGCUGCAGAGGAAGGUGGCAGGGACACAGACUCACUUCCCAUGUCCUGAAUGUGGAAGGGGCUUCUGCCAGAAGCAGUAUUUGAUGAGGCAUCUGAAUGCCCACACAAAGAAGAGCCCAUCCCAGUGUCCUGAAUGCAAAAUGUGCUUCCAUCAUGAGCAGACCCGUGUCAGCUGCCACUUUAAGCACAGUCCUCCCCAGAACCUCAACUAUGACAAGAGCUUCUUCCCAAAGGACAGCAUAAAUGCCCACGAGUGCCAGGAGAGUGGAGGGAGGCCAGCUUCCUGGAGAGAAGAUACCACUGUGGAUUCAGGACAGACGCCAGGCCCCAGUCUGGGCUGUGUGGACUGUCUCCUCCAGGAGAGCAGAGUGGAGGCUCCCCAGUGCAGCUGUAGCCACGGAGGGGACAGACCCUGUGCCUGCACAGAAAGUAACAACUGCACCUCUUCAGGGUCAAAGCUGACCAGCCUCUGCAGGGCACACGAGGGAGAAAAGCCUUUCCAGUGUCCAGAGUACAACAAGCGUCUCUGUCUGAGAGGCCGGCAGAAUGUGCACCAGCGUGUGCACAGUGCAGAAAGAUCACUCACCUCCAGAAAAUGUGAUCCGGGCCUCACCAAGCCUUGCAGGCUCACAGAGCACACCCGAAUACCCAGCGGGGAGAAACUUUUCUGGUGUGCUGAGUGUGGCAAGAACUGCCCUUACCAAAGGGGACAGCUGCUGAGGCACCAGCGGCUGCACCAGGAGGAGAAGGCCUUCCAGGGCGCACUGCGUGAGUCCAACUUCGGCCUGCGUAGCGCGUUGAGGGUCCACCAGCUGCAACACGUAGGAGAGAAGCGGUUCUCCUGCAGCGAGUGUGGCCGCGCCUUCAGCCAUCAGUGCAAACUGCGAGAGCAUCUCAGAGUGCACAGCGGGGAGAGGCCCUUCCAGUGCUCCGAGUGCCACAAGAGCUUCCGCCUGAAGGGCGUCCUGAAGACCCACCAGCACGUCCACAGCAACGAGAGGCCGUUCUCUUGCGCGGAGUGCGGCAAGGGCUUCACCAGGCAGUCGAACCUCACGGACCACUUGCGCGUGCACAGUGGGGAGAGACCCUUCCAGUGCCCAGAGUGCGACAGGCGCUUCCGCCUGAAGGCACAGCUGCUUAUCCAUCAGCGCCUGCACACUGGAGAGAGACCCUACCAGUGCCCCGAGUGUGGCAAGAGCUAUCGGAUGAGGGCUGUCAUGAAGGCACACCAGCAGCUGCACAGCGGGCAGAUGCCAUUCUCCUGUGAAUGUGGGAAGGGCUUCGCCAAGCACUCGAAGCUCGUGGAACACAGGAGGAUGCACACAGGAGAGAAGCCCUUUCAGUGUCCCAAGUGUGACAAGAGUUUCCGCUUGAAGCCACAGCUGCUCAGCCACCAAGGCCUGCACACAGGAGAGAGACCUUUCCACUGCCCUGAAUGUGAUAAGAACUUCCGGGAAAGGAGUCACAUGGUCAGGCACCAGCGCAUCCACAGGCCUGAGAGGCCCUUUGUCUGUGGCGACUGUGGGAAGGGCUUCAUUUAUAAGUCCAAACUGGCUGAGCACAUCAGAGUACACAGAAAAUCUUGUCCGGCCCCACCUGAGCCUAAGCCUAAGCCUGACAUCAAGCAAAGGCUUAGCCAAUUAUUUGCAAUGAUAGAGGCUGACUGGAGCUGAUGUGGGUGGCACAGCAAAGCAGUUAGCCCAACUGAAUUACCAGGGCUUCCUGAGGAAGUGUGGCUAAACCCACAGGAAGACAGAUUUUAGGAAGUGGGGUUCUACUUUGAGCAAAAGUGUAAUACAAAUUAGAAAUGGGAAACUAUGAAGAAUUUUGUCUUUUGAAACAUCGCCAAUUAUAUUUCCUAUCCAUUGGUAAAAAGAGAUAUUUCUUCUUCCUACAAUCUUAUGUGGUAAUUUUCACCUAAAUGCAGUUAGUUCUAAUGUCCCAUCUUAUAUUCAACCAGAAGGAAAUCCCUCGAGGACCAUUCUCAAAGCUGAAAGGAUAGGAUGGCUAUUAAAUAUUAAUUCAACUUUUUUUUUCCUUUUUAGAGUAUGAUUCUAAACUGUGGAUUAAAUCCAGUAAAUUCUGUUUCUGUCAUUGUA